AUGAGAUGACGCAUUUGUUUCCUCCAAUAAAAAUGCCGCUGUCCAUGUAGCUACCGGGGAAAGCUAGGCUAACUAAACGAUAGAAGAAGAUUUUGUUGAAGAUCUUAUUUUCUCUAUAUCAAGCCGUUUCAGAGAAGUCAAAGAUGACGUACAGGAGAGAGAGGAGUAUACGAGAGGUGUAUGAUGAACGCUUUUUAACGGAGAGGCCGGUGAGAGGACCCUACCCACGAGGAGCUGGAGGGGUGGAGAGGAGGGGCCCCUUUGGCAGGCCAGAAGAUGACUACAACCGUGGCGGGUAUGAAUAUGAAGGAGGUCCACGCUUUUUCCCGAAUGGAGGUGGUCCUCGCAGUUACCAUGGCGAAGAUCAGAGGGGCUACCAUGGUGACAACCUUCAUUUCCCCGCUGAACGCAGAGGUGUCCCGCCUUCAAGGAGGGAGGACUAUCCUUACAGAGUACCCAGGGAGGAUCCACACACAGGACGACCUAUGGAGUUUGGCACCCGUGCACCACCUCCUCAUAGUGUGCGAAACCAGGGCAUCUACCCAGCACCCAGAUCGCUCCCAGAGAGUGGGGAAGACACACUAGUGCAAGCCAUCCUUAACCUGGACAGAGGGGAGGACAGAGACCAUUACAGGAGAAAAGCAGCUCCAUUCCCUCCCCUCAGAGAGCGUUCUCCUGUCCGCCGCGAGGUGGCCCGCUCCCCCCACAGUCGCUCCGGCUCCAGCGUCAGCAGCAGAGGCUACUCACCAGAUAGAGCCAAAAGCCUGCCAUUUCCCUCACAACAAGGCAAGAGUGUGGACGGUUCAGAGGGACACGCAGGUGUUUCUGAGCACCUUUGGGGGGCGCUCUUUCCUCAACAGAGUGGACAUGACACUUUGGGGUAUGAAGAGACUUAUUCUCAGAGCAAGAUGACUGACAAAAUUCCUGGCCUGUCAAGAGAAGGCUCUCCACACAGUGCAACCUCAAACAAGGAGGAGAACCAUCCUCCAGAAGGAGAAAAAGAGGAACUGUUGGUGGCUCCUGUCGUGGAGGACAGCCAAAAGUCUACGGACAACUUUCUAGAGCGACGAGCUCUGGCCAUCGCAGCUAAAGCCCAGGAGAUAGAAAAGGUGUACCGUCAGGACUGCGAGACAUUCGGCAUGGUGGUGAAGAUGCUGGUGGCUAAAGAUCCCAACUUGGAGAAGCAGCUACAGGUUCCCCUCAGGGAGAACCUCGGGGAGAUCCGUGAGCGUUGCUUAGAGGACCUCAAACACUUCAUCAGCGAGCUGGAUGAAGUUGUCCGGCAACCAGAACCCUCCGUCUGUGACUCGACCACCCCCUCUGCAUCCCUGACCAGUCAUAAACUUUCAAAGACGGGGGUCAAUCACAGCUCAAGUUACUGACACGCUGGCCUGAUCUGCUCCAUUUAUGCGAGACUGAGCAUCAUAGGAUUGACUGCUGAACAUGAUGGAUACCUUGGAUUAAUUUUGGAUUGCUGGAAACUACUCUACAACCUAAAGACCAACUCGACCUGGAUAGAGGAGGUAGUGGUGUGUUGUAUGUGGGGAUAAACAGUGUUAGUUUUGAAUAGAUCAUUUUACCUUCAUGUUCUCUGUUGAAAGCUGUUGAUUAUUAAAUAUUUAAAAUUUCUCAACUAGAAAUGAUGUUAAAAAAAUGGCUACCAGUCUCGCAUCACCAUGGAACUGGUCAACAUGGGUUUCACUCUCUGACCUUUCCUCAGUUGAGAGAAUAGACUUGUAAGUCCUCCAGCAUGAUCAUGAUCAUUUUUCAAUAAGAAAAGCCAGAUAAGACAAUAUUUUUGUUGUGUUUUCAGCUAUUUAAAUUUAAUUUUGUAGCAGUCAGAUAUGACUUGGUGCUGCUAAAAUUUCAACAGUUCCUAAGUUCUUGUAUAAAUUUGUACUGUUUAAAAGUGCCAGUUCGGUUCCUUUUCAUUGUGUUUUGCUUUUCAAACUUUAUAUCCUGACCCCCCCCCCCCCCCCCCCCACCCCCCCACCCAAACCCAAACUUUGGUUAUUUUUAUGACACUGAGAAAAAGCUUUGCACAAAAUGUGUCUGAAGGUUGUAGUAAACAUGAUUUCUGUUAA